AUGGCUACCAGAGCUGCUACAUUUACGUCUAAAAUCCGAAAUCUAAAAGAUUUCAAUUACCGUGUUGCUAAUAAUUUAACACCACAAACAAAUGGUUUAGAUAUAGCAAAUACAUUGAAAUACUUCUCUCAGACUCUACUCAGUGUAUUAAAAGAUGUACCUAAUAUACCAUCUGAGAGUUAUGAACCUAGACAGAGAGAUAGUGUUAGUGUAUUAAAAGAUGUACCUAAUAUACCAUCUGAGAGUUAUGAACCUAGACAGAGAGAUAGUGUUAGUGUAUUAAAAGGUGUACCUAAUAUACCAUCUGAGAGUAAUGAUCCUAGACUGCAAGAUAAUGUUAGUGUAUUAAAAGAUGUACCUAAUAUACCAUCUGAGAGUUAUGGACCUAGACAGAGAGAUAGUGUUAGGUUAUCUGUGUUUCCUAACCUAGAUUAUUCUGGUCUAUACCAUGCAGUUAUAAAUAUAAUAGAUUUGGUAUCUACCAUACAGAUUGGACAGCAUGCAUUUGGAGAAGCAGUAUUGAAUGUAUUGGGUUGUUUAGUACCAUUUCUAGAACAUGAACUACUAGAUACACUACCUUAUACUGUAGCAGCUACAUUUGCUGUCUUUCCUUCUACUAUCCAUAAAGAUAUCAUAGAUUUACUAUGUUCCAGCUUACUGCCCAUGACUUUAGGAUUUGAUGGAUGUUUAGAGCCAACUUAUGCCAGUGAAUCUGCUGCAGCUAUUAUUACCAUGGUGUUUGAACAUACAGAUAAUGCAGCAUUUCAUUCUCAAAUUGUUGAAAGUUUCAUGGCUAUGAAGAAAACAGUUAUCAAUGAUCUAAUCAGUAUUAUUGCCUAUGGUUCACCUAAAGCUAGAGUUCCUGCAGCUCAUUUAUUAUUCUAUUACUGGCCUCAAUUAAACCCAGCAUUAACUGAUAGAAGGGGAAUCCAUUAUAAAUAUUGUGGAAAUAUGGAAAUAACUGCAUGGAAGCCAUUACAGUGUCAACGUGAUACUUGUCCUAAUGAAAGAAAUAGUCAAGCUGUGAAGAUGUGUUUAAAUCCAGCAUUAGCUAUACAUUCUGGAGACACGCCACCUCCACUGUAUAUCUGUAGUGAUUGUGCUGAACAGUUAGGAAGAGAAAAUGAAUAUAUGGUAGAUUUAUUACUACCAGUUAAUUAUGUCUCUACUAUUUGUGAAAAUAAGAAUUGUAGAUCAGAACAGAAUCUUGCAGUCUGUACAUGUUUUUCUAUAGAAUGUGCCAGUUUUAAUGGUAAUAGACCAAUCAGAUACUGUAAAACAUGUUUUGAACAGAAACACAGUAAUAGACUGGAAGAGAAUCAUAUAACACAUAGUAAUAUAGCUGAUAUAUGGAGCUGUACACCAGCAUUACAGAGAUACCUUGUUGAUGCUAUUGUUAGUCUGUUAAAAGAAGCACAACCCAUAGAAUCAAAGCGUAUGGUAGAAAUGGGUGAAGAACAGAGAAGAUUGAAUGAUGAAGAUGAGUGUUAUGAGGUAGAGGAAGGCGGAGAUCAUAAAUUAUUAAGUAGAUAUGGUAUCUGGUUAAUGGUAGAACUAUGUCGUCCUAAAAAUGAUAUACCCAUUGAAAUUCUAGGUAGAUUAUUGGGGAUAUUAUUUCAAUGGUUUGAUGCUACAGCUUAUUUACCUGAUGAUAAUGUUGGCAAUGCAUUGGAAAGACUUAAACCAGAGUAUAUCUAUAGUUGGCUACAAGAUGUUAACAAAACACAUUUUGAAGUUAUUGUCUCCUGUCUGUUACCACAUCCUGUAGAAUAUUCUAGAGUUGGUGGUUUCUGGGACACUUUAGCCACUAGAACUGCUCAAAUUAAAGAAGGGUUAAACUGUUUCUUCUGUCUUGUACCAUACAACAUUAUAACCUUUGAAAUUUGGGAUUAUGUUAUGCCAUAUUGGUUAGAAGCUAUUAGAACAGAGAUAGCAGAAGAAGACCUACAUGAAUUAAGAGUAUUGUUGAGGAAAGCAUUUGAUAUUGAUAUGUGUCCUUUGCCGUUCACACUAGAAAAGAUGUAUCAUUUCAUAACAGAGAGAUUUGCUGAUAGCAGUGCUUCUGUUCAGGAACAGGCCUUACAAUGGCUACAGAUACUCUCAUCAUUGGAUAUAAUCAUUCCGAUGCAUCUUUUUUUAAAAAUGUGCAAAGUUGGAGUGGAGCAGAUUAAUUCAGAUCCUGAAGAUGUGACUAAUGGAACAGAGAGGAAGUCCAACAUUAAUACCGAUCAUAUAGCUGACAGUAGAGAAGAGUACCCUGCACCAUUAAGUCCAGAGCGUGAACCUCAUUAUAACACCAGUUAUGUUUAUGAGAAAGAGUCUGAGUUGAUCUUACCCAGUUUUAUUAUGAUGUUAGAUAUGGUGCUGAAACAGAUGGAGCUACAGGAGUCACCCAAGCAUCUUGGUAUUUAUAAUGAAACAAGUAGAGAGGUCAUGCAGCUAUUGACUUGGAUGUUACGUAAAGAUUGGGAUGGUGUUCACACCUGUUUAUCAGAGGUCCAGAAAGUCAACUGUGAGUUCUGUCAGAACAUUGCUCUGUGGCACCAACUAGCAGCUCAGCUCAUGGAACAUAUCUGUCCAAGAGAUCCUCUGAAGAUUCCACCUAAAGAACUACCCAGAUUUGAUGAAGUAAAGAACAAUAUCCAAGCUGCUGAUAAUUCAGAAUUUAUAGAUCCAUUAUUAAGUAAAGAUGAAGAAGCCAAAGAACCAGAAUAUGACAUCCAUUCUUUUCCUAUAUACUUACAGUUGUAUGAUACUUUACUAAAGUUGUAUGAUACUUUACUAAAGUUGUAUGAUACUUUACUAAAGGGAUUAUGUAACGUAACUGAUGUUGAUGCUCUAUAUAACCUGUUGUCAUCAUUUAAAUAUCUGUGUUUACAUGGUGAAUGUUUAAACUAUACAGUUAGUCAGUAUAAUCUGUAUAUACAAUAUACUCUAAAGACACAACUCAUUCCAAAUCUAUGGAAACUACUUCAGUGUGAACACUCACAAUUAUCAACAGUAGCUGUACCAUUAUUGGUCCAUUCCAUAACUCUACCUACUGGAGCUGAUGUAUUCUGGAAUCUAGUUGAAGAGUGUUAUGGACAUGAUGAUUGGAGAGCUAGAUUCUCAGCAGUUGAGAAAGUAACAGUAAUGGCAAGAUGUCUUGAUACAGAUUCCAUACGAAAUAACCAAGUUGUACAAACUAGUCUAGCUCAUGCUUUCUGUCAUCUUAUUGGUUCUGUAGAAGAUAUUAGUGCUGGAGUGUCCCAGAAAACUAUCAUGUAUAUGGAUACCAUUAGACCCGCUGCUCUCAAAUGUUUAUGUCAUUGUUUAGAGUUUCAAUUUGAUACAGUUAUCAAUGAUAGAACAAUGAUCUUAGAUAGGAUGCAUCUAUUAGCUUCAGUUUUACCAGAUCAUAGAAUAUUAACAUGGGAGUUCUUUCUGGGUAGAUUUGAUACCUUAUCUCUAGAGGCACAAAUUGAUCUGGAAAAUAGUGGAGAGAUUCCGUAUCCACAAGAUCUUACUAGUAGUGACAGACAUAGUGAACAUUUCCUGCGUAAAUUAAAUCGAGCUAGAUUAGCACUAGCAAGAACAGACAGUAUUAGAUCUGUGAGCCUGAGUUUUCAAGUCAAACCACCAUAUAGACGUGCUGUAUCUGUACCAGUACAUCUUAUAGCUAAAGGUACGACUCCACCAAAAUUUGUUAAAGAUAUUCCUUGUGUGAGACAGCAGUCAGCACCUCAAUUUCACCUUCAAUCUCGAAUGUCUUCUAAUGUUAAUCUAGGAUCUUAUAGUAAUGUCUUAUUUGCUGGUGGACAGUUCCGAGAAUUUUCAGAUGAAGAAAGUAAUUUUGCAGCUCUGUUACAGAGAGCUAUGGAUUUAGAAGGUGUAGAUAGGCAUACUGUUUAUCAAUUAGUAGCUCUCUUAUUGAAGUUUAUGGCCACAUAUAAAGAAGAUCCUAAAAGAGAUAAUACAAGAGCUCAGAAUACAGUUUUGAGACAUCUUAAUAUAUUACUUGGUUAUAAUCAAACAGAGAAAUCAUUCAGUGUACCACCAUAUAAACUGAGAUCUUCUGCUGUAUUUAAUGCCUAUUUAUCUGGUAUACCAUUUGUAUUGGAUAAUAAUUUUAAACUUGGUAAUACUAUAUUACCUAUAACAUUACUAUUAUUACAAUAUAGUCCCUCACCACAGAGGUAUGCUUCAGAUUACCAACCACCAACAUAUAGUUUAUACCAUCUUUCUCAGUAUACCAGAAUAUCUUGGUUAAGAGCUUUAUUGGUUAUAUUAUACAAGUAUCAGAUAAACAGUUCUCCAGUAUCAGCUAUCAUCCAGACUCUGGUACAGAUUGUGGUGAAUACUGUAGAUGCUCAGUAUCAUUGUUGUAAAUCAUCAGAAGAUGGGGCACCUCAAACUUCUGGUCAUAGAUGUAAAGAUUUCAGUAAGACCUCUAUCAGUGAUCUAGAGAAUAUUCAAGAAACAGACACACCACCACAAAGUCCUGAUAGUAUAAUAGAAAAAGAUGAAGAUGAUCAUACCAUUCUACUUCGUGGUCAGGACGGCUCAGGUGCUGUACAGUACUUAAAGAAGACCACAGAGCGAGCUGACAGCAGUGAAGGUGUCUAUUCUGAUGGAGAGUCUACACCACAAACUCAAAGUCGCUUCAAAAAAGAUGGAAGAAAAGUUCCCAAAGUUCGUCAACCUAAACAAUUAAUUGAUUACUCAGAACCUGAUUCUGCAGAAGAAGACACUUUGAAUCAAAAAUUGAAUGAGAAGCCUCCAAAGAUUAUCGAAACCCAAUCCAAGUUACCAUUAAAACCAAUCAUAUCUCGUGAUGUAGAAUCAGAGGACCAAUCAGAAUCACCUUGUGAUUCACCAGUUCCAGUUACAGAGAAAUCAGUAAAACUGAACAUGGAUGUCAAGGUUGAAGAUGUCACUGGUGAUUCAGAUACCCACAGAGCAACAGGAAGUAGUACCACUGGAUCUAGUAACCGUGAAGGUGGUACAUCAGAACAUAGUCGUGAUGCUGCAUCAGAAGUUGAGAGCACUGAGGAGAGUGAGAAGAAUCAGACAUCUGAUGCUGAAUCUGAGAGGAAUUUAGAACAUGGUGAUUCUGUUGAGAAUGCAGAGGACAAGAAAGGUGAAAGAAGAGAUAUUCAAGGACAGAUGAUCAAACCCAAAUUCCGAGAAAGAAAGUCGAGAAAAACAGGAAUAACAGCUGUGGAAUUACACAGUAUAUUUCCUGAAUUUGCAGAGAUCUGUGAACAAGUACAAGAGACACAGAGUGAUGCUUAUGCUGCUACUGCUAGCCAUAGUAGAAAAGCAAGAAAAGCAGUCUUGUUGGCUAAGAGUAGAGAUGGGUCUAAGAAGACAAAGAGUGCUAUUCGUUCUGGUGAGACCAUUCUGAUAGAGCGAUGUACAGAAUGUGGUGCGGUGCUAGAAUUAUAUGAUGAUGACACAAUUGGGUUGUGUAUUGUCGUUUUGACCACAUUUAUACACAGAGAACCUGAAUUAGCGACACCCAUGUUAUUACCAAUACUGCAAUGUGUAUCUAGAAUUGCUGCAAGUAAUCAAUAUUCUUGGCAAGCUGAGAGUAACAUGAUAAUGCCUGGUAACAGUAUUACUAUAGCUAGGCAGUUAAUAAGAUGUGUUUUACAUCAGUUAGCACCAAAUGGAAUAUUUCCAAUGUUAUUUCAGAGCAAUUUAGAGCCAAUAUUUUGGAAGACAGUUGCUGCAGCUCUAGUGGACUUUAAUGAUUUAACUUGUCAUGCUCCAUUACAGUUCUUACUAGAGGGGUUAAAUGAGAAGAAGAAUCUAUCACAAGAUACCAUCAUGUUAUUAUUGAGUAAUAUAUCUAUUUAUUUAAACUGUGUAUCAUUAGAGAGUUCCACAGCUAUCUGGCCUGGUAUACUCUGUCAGUUUGAGAUUUUCUUCAGACGUCUACCAGUCUUGCUACCAGCUCCAUGUGAUAUCACACCAGUCCUCAAGAUUAUUAUCUCAAUACUAAAAGUACCAGCUGUUGGUGGAGUAAGGGCAAUUUUGGAACCAUUUUCCAAAGUUUUAAGCUUUGCCAUUCAGAAUUGUUCAUUUAAACUACAACAACUUUUGGAUAUAUGUUCACUAUGUAACAGAGCUUUUAGUAGGGAGAGAGAUAAGAUUUUAUUGACAAGAGUUGUGAUAUUUGAGCUGGUGUCUACAUUGAAAUUUAAAAUAAGUAUACCAGAUGAUAACUUGCUGGUCUUGGUACAGUUUGUAUUAUUAGAUACUGGAGGUAGUCUAUGUUCUAGUAUAUUAUCAGAUGAUGUUGUAUUAGAUACUGGAGGUAGUCUAUGUUCUAGUAUAUUAUCAGAUGAUGUUGGUAUGACCUACACCUCACCAGCUCAAUCAUUAUUAAGUUAUAAUGCGGCUGAAUGUAUGAGACAACAUAUUAAUGAUUGUAUAGAAUUUAUAUCUGAUCUUCAUACACUUACUAAAGUUAAGAAUAAUAGUAAAUGUGUAUCAAGAAGUUUAAAUGAAGAUACUCUGGGAUGUCAGUUAAAAUCUGGUAUAGCUCAGUUUGUAGCAUUAGAAAUAACCAGAGGUAAUGGACAUGAUAAUAGAGCUAUAACCAGAUAUCUUCCAUGGUUGUACCAUCCACCAUCAGCCAUGCAACAAGGACCAAAAGAGUUUAUAGAUAGUAUCGGCCAUAUUAGAUUAUUAUCCUGGAUAUUGAUAGGAUCUCUAACACAUACUGCUAUACGAGAGGGGGCAGCACCUAUCUCUUGUUUACCUGUACCUAUAGAGGCUAGUUCUCAUAUAGCUGAUCAUGUUAUGGUUAUAAUGACUGGUUUUGCCGAACAAUCCAAGGCUUCAGUACUUCACAUGUCAUCACUGUUUCAUGCUUUUAUUCUUUGUCAGUUAUGGACAAUGUAUUGUGAAUCAGCUGCAGCCAUGCAUCCUCAGAACAGUGAACAAUAUGAUACAGCAUCAGCUAUGGUUAUGGAUUUCUGGGCUAGAGUAACACCUGGUAUCUUACAGUUACUCUCUCAUUCUAAAGUGUUGGCUGAAAUGGUAAACUUACAUUUCUUAAGUUUAAUGGAAUCUCUACAAGAAUGUAAUUCUGCUGUCCUAACUAAGUUAUUUCCUAUGUGGACCACCAUUCUCUUUGCUUAUCAUUCAAAGCUUCCUGGACAUUUACAAGUCAGAAUGCAGGUUUGUCAGAAUUGGAAACCUCCCCAUCCUACCAAAGAUCAAACCAACUUUAAUUCUACAGUAUUGGUAAACUGGUUGAAGAGAACUCAAUUUAGAUUGGGACAGAUUGAAGUCCAGUCAUCAGCUGCUACCCAGUUCUAUACAGUUUAG